CAGCACUCUGCUGAGCUGAGGGAGAGCGAUUCUUAUUUGCAAAAGAACAGCCGAACCAGCCGAACGAGGCUUCGAGCUAACGCUGCGAGCGGUGCUGCAACUGCUGCAACAAUGCGCCGCCGCCACUUCGUCUUCGCCUGCCUUGCGCACGCAUCCGCAGCAAAAACAUCAUCAAAAGCCAAGCCGCCACCCAGAGCCAUCGAUGUUCUCCCACCUUUGCUGGUCGCGAGCGCCAUCACGGCGACGGCGACGUACCCGCUCGACUUCCUCCGCGCGGCGCGCAUGUCGUCCGCAGCGAGUGCCGACGCGGCGAAGCUGGGCCUGCGGGCCGCCGUGGCCAAGUUCUCCCAGGGCCUGGCGCCCGAGGUCGCCAAGGGCACGCUCUCGCGCGUGCUCAAGUUCGGCGGCUUCCCCGUGGCGCACCGGCUGCUCUACGACCGCGCGCCGGCGGCCGGCUCGGCGGCGUCGCGGGCCGCGGCGGGCGCGCUGGCGACGUUCCCCGAGAUGGCGCUCUGCACGCCCCUCGAGACGGGCAAGCUCGCGCUGCAGCUCGACGCGCUCAAGGCCGCGCCGGCCUUCGACAACCAGUUGCAAAAGGCGGCGGCGGCGCUGACGGCGGCGGCGGGCCCGGCGGCGCUCUACGCGGGCUACUGCGCGCUGCAGUGCCGCCAGGCCGUCUGGACGGCCGUCUACUUCGCGUCGCGCCCGGCGUUCGCGGAGGCCUUCGGCGCGCUGCCGGGGGCCACGUUCUGCGCGGGCCUCGGGGCCGGCGUCCUCGGCGCCGUGGCGAACUGCCCCUUCGACGUCUGCCGCUCCGUCGCGCAGAAGGAGCUCAUCGGUGCCUGGGUCUCGGGCGGCGAAGCGGUCACGCGCGCGCCGGGCCUCGCGCACGCUUUGGCGGCCGGACGAUCCGUCGUGUCGGCGCGCGGCGCGCGGGGCCUCUGGGCGGGCGUCGGCUUCAAGUCGCUCCACCUCGGCUGCGGCGGCGCGCUCAUGGCCGUGCUCCAACCAGCGUGUGAGAGGGCGUGGGCCAAGGCGCGGGCGUGA